ACUUGAAUUUAACUAGUCGAAAUGAACUUGUUGUCAUUGAUCAUAAAUGGGGUUUUACUAGGCUUAAUAUGCGUCAGCAUUGAAGCCAAACCAUCACCCAUGUUGUAUAAACGUAAUCCUGACGAGAAAUACGAAGCCGAUCUAGUUGCUGUCUCGUCAACAGUCAUACCACUAACUGUGCUCGAGGUUAGCUACGGCGUGGGCGGUAAACCCAGUGAGGCCUAUAAGGCAGCUUAUCUACGUAAGUUGCGUAAACAGGUGCUCCAACGAGCCCAUAAUAAUAACAACCAACAAGACGAAGAUGACCAAACUGUGCCAAUUGUGGUAUCAGUUCCAGCUCCAGAUUCAGCUCCUAGUGAUGCCGAUGCCCUAAUUACUGUGAAAUCGCAGCAUACGAAGGCCGAAGUCAAGGCUGUCUAAAGCAAGAGAGAGACCUCACCUCUGGAUGGUGAAACGUAAGGUGAGGCGAGGAGCGGCGCUGAUGUCAUGGCGAAUUUUGAACAAAAAAAAUAAUAAAACAACAA